AGAAUUCAUUGGAAGAUGUCUAGACUUGGUCCAAGACCUUAUGCCUUUGAGAGAAAAGCUUGGCACACUGAUACUCACCAACGCAUGAGAGGUUCUCUUGUUCAAGAAAUCUUCAGAGUUGUGAAUGAAAUCCAUAACUCAUCAACUAAGAAGAACAAGGAAUGGCAAGAGAAGCUCCCUGUCGUGGUCUUGAAAGCUGAAGAAAUCAUGUAUUCAAAAGCAAAUUCUGAGGGUGAAUACAUGGACCUUAAAACCCUUUGGGAUCGAACAAACGAUGCUGUUAACACAAUCAUUAGACGAGAUGAGAGUGUUGAAACUGGAAAGCUUCUUCAACCCUGUAUUGAAGCUGCUCUUAAUUUAGGCUGCACGCCAAGAAGAACCAAGAGGAGCCAACGAAAUUGUAGUCCAAGGUGUUACCUUAACUCGGCUACACAAGGAAAUCUCAUGGCUGACUCACAUUGCUUGGCUAGGUUUACGAAACCCGCAACCGCGAAUGUGAUUCGAUCGAGCUUUGAAUCUCCGAAAUACACUGACCGGGACGGUUAUUACACCGGUUUUGCAUCUGAGGAUGGUUCUCUUCCUAGUAAUAACCAAUGCUUACCUUUAGAAAAGUAUUCAGUUUAUCCUCUUUACUAUGGCGACGAUCUUAAAUCCGAAGAACUGAGGCAUGGUUUCGGGAUCUUCCAUAAGUCGAUUUCUAACACAGUCGAGCCUGCUAAGAUGAGUGUUAGUCAUAAGCUUCUUUCUCUUGACGUGGACUUCUCAAAUAAGAUGAACCAAAUAGGUGUUAGAAAAUCUUAUAACAAACCAUACCCCGGAAUAUCCUGUGAUCUAUCGUUGCAGUUGGGCUCUCUUUCAACACCUUGCCUUGGACGCGAUCAGACUCAAGAAACCGAUUCCAUAAUUGCAGAGUGGAACAGGUCCCCUGCAAUUGGUAAAAGAUUAUCUUCCUCUCAUAAGAGCAACAGAUAUGACCCUUUGAACUCUUCUCUGGAGUUGAAUGAACUGAUGAAUGUGGAUGCUGCAACGAGAAAGAGAAAGAUGCUUUCAUGA